GAUACAUAAGUUAAAUGAACAAUGAUGGAAUGAUGUGUUGUCUUGGCUAAAUGCGUUCCCUACUUCCGUUGGAGGGCGCUAAUAGCGGUUUGAACAAUGUUUGAACAUGCGCAUUAGUUAUAUUGUCAUUUAUUUAACGCGUAGCGCGUGGUUUUGUUAAUCUAACCUAAGUUUGCUGUGUAUUUUCACGUGGUAAAUAUAAUUCGUAUAAAAGAUAACGGUUAAAUAUUGACUUAAUGUUCGUGUUUAUGCAGUUUUAAUGUGUAGGAAAAUUGACUAAGUUAAGGAUUAAACUCAACUAAUAUGGUAAUUGUGCUAUGAUGGAUGCUAAUACUGUAAAGUACAAGAAUAAGUGUUGUGUACCUGGCUGUGAUGACAAGGUUUUAAAACGACAUCGUUUUCCAAAAGACCUAAAUCUUUUAAGGAAAUGGAUUGAAAAUAUUAAAGUUCCACAUUUAAUGGCAUUGCAACCGCAUCAAGUAUAUGAUACAAAGUUUGUUUGUCAGAAACAUUUUGCUCCGGAAUAUGUGGUCCCUGGAACCAGAAGGGGCCUUCGUCGAGAUGCUGUGCCCACUUUACACAUAUUAGGCAAUGUGGUAGUAGAAUCAGCUGUACCCACACGAAAUUUAUUUGAAGACACAGAAAAUGAUCCCAUGGAAGUGACCGCAACAACAACUGUACCCACACGAAAUGUAUUUGAAGCCACAGAAAACGUUCCCAUGGAAGUGACCGCAACAACAACUGUACCCACACGAAAUGCAUUUGAAGCCACCGAAAAUGUUCCCAUGGAAGUGACCGCAACAACAACUGUACCCAUAUCUUCCUCAAUAAAAAAACCGCAAGAUAUAAAAAAGAAAAAAAGGAUUUUGCAAGCUGUGAAUGUGACCAGACAAAUUCAACUAACACCUAAUUGUCAAACAUUUUAUAAAAUGGUUACACAAUUAAAUACCAAAGCCGCAAAAUUUCAUAUCCAACGGGAAAGUUACCGAAAGCGAUUGAUGCACGCUGAGGCUGUUGCUAAAAAUCCAAAUUUUGCCAAUUUUGCUGAUGUGAUUAAUGAAACUACCUAUAAAUUUAUUCUCCAGCAACUUCGUAACCAAUCUUUACCCCCUAAGGCAAGACGUUACACUAUAGACGACAAGUUAUUAGCGUUAAUUGUGCUAAAAUCAAGUUCCUUUUCGUCCUGGAGUUAA